CCAGUCUCGCGAGAGGUGGCGGAGGCGGCGGUGAAGGAGGCAGUGUGUUUCAGGUUGGCAUCGCUGCAUUGCUGUGGAGAUGGCAGAAUACGGAGUGUCAGCCGGCCAGCAGGUCGCAGUGGUCUGGGACAGGUCAUCUCCCGCUGGGGCCCUGAAGGACUUGGUGGAUCAGCUUCAAGCCACGGCAGGCUCCGAGAGUCGGGUGUCGGUGGAAAACAUCGACCAGCUGUUACAGUCGGCUCACAAGGAGUCCAGCUUCGAUGUAGUCCUGUCGGGUGUGGUCCCAGGAAGCGCCAUCCUGCACGGCACGGACAUUUUGGCAGAAAUAGCUCGGAUCCUUCGGCCGGGCGGACACGUCCACCUGAAGGAGCCCGUGGAGACGGCAAAAGUUGACAACAGCAAAGUGAGGACGGCGGAUAAGCUGCGCACCGCUCUGACGCUGGCUGGGUUGGUCGAAGUGACGGAGCUCCAGAGAGAGCCUUUAACUCCUGAGGAGAAACAGUCGGUCCAAGAGUUCCUGGGCUACCAGAGCGACAACCUCCAGUCUCUGCAGAUCACGGGCAAGAAACCCAACUUUGAAGUGGGCUCUUCGAGUCAACUCAAGCUUUCCUUUACUAAGAAGUCUAGUCCCUCCGGAAAACCCGCUGUGGACCCCACCGCUGCCAAGCUCUGGACGCUGUCCGCCAACGACAUGGACGAUGAGGGGAUGGAUCUCAUCGACUCCGAUGAACUGCUGGAUCCCGAGGAUUUGAAGAAGCCAGAUCCAGCUUCCCUGCGGGCCCCUUCGUGUGGGGAAGGGGGGAAGCGGAAGGCUUGCAAGAACUGCACCUGCGGCCUGGCGGAGGAGCUGGAGCAAGAGAAAGCCAAAGAGAAGGGCUCCCAGCCCAAGUCGGCCUGUGGAAACUGUUACCUGGGCGACGCGUUCCGCUGUGCCAGCUGCCCCUACCUGGGGAUGCCGGCCUUCAAACCCGGGGAGAAGAUUCUGCUCAAUGAGAACAACCUACAAGACGCUUAGAAGGCCACACGUCACGGGACUUGUGUGUGGCCCAGCUGUUCAAGCGCUCACUCUAGCCACCCCUCACCCUCACCUCCCUCCCCUCACCCCCGGGCCACUCCUCACGGUGGGAUAUCAUUACAGAGGGUCGGGGGUGGGAGGAAGGAGGAAGGGGUAGGGGAAAGACCUGCUUGACUGCACAGCGCUGGGGGAACCGAAGGGCAGCAGUGUACUCCGACCUUAUUAAGUGGACGUUGGACCCCUGACUUAAGGAAUACCACAGCCCAGCAAGGCUGGCAGCUAGGAACUGUACCCCGAAGAAGCCAACCUCCUCGUGUUAAGUAUCGACCCGUCUGUCGGACCUCUAGACCCCAGCCGUUGGUUACCUCGGUCUCCGUGGAUCGUAUCACUCUAAAAACGUUACCCUCGAUGGGUCGGGGCUGUGGUAGGCCUCGGGUCACGGGCCAGCGUCCCGGUCUCGGCGACAGCUCAAAUUCCCGCUCCUCCAUAGGCCGUAGAACUGGUUACUUUCAUUUCGUGGGCGAAGUUGUCAGCGGAAAAAAUUAGUCCAGUGUCUGGUCAGCCCAAUGAGGACCUCAGGCAGCCCUUCCUGCCGCAGGACAGACCACUGACUUCGGUAGGCAACUUGCACUGAAUCUGUGUCCUGUGGCCAUGUAGAUGUCGAAGUAGGGCAGCCCUCAUACCAACUUGAGAGAGAGAGUGUGUGUGUUUGCAUUUGUGUGUGUCAUGUGGCUGGCAUGGGAAUCCCUGAAAAAUAGUCCGAGUCUGGGAUAGCGCUCAUUAGCAUAGCUGGAGCUACCUGGAGGUGCUCAUGUCAUAAGCAAAAUACUCAGCCUGGUAAUAUGGGAUGCAUCCCCCCUUCCUCCCCCUGGGCUACUCUUAAUAAUGGGGUUUGGGUCUUCCCGGCAAGAAGGCGAUCCUGUUGCUGGCCUUUACGGUCUCGCAGCUCAAAUCAAACGAGGGGAGAUCUGUGGAUUUAGGGAGACUGGAUUUCAUACCCCGGGAUCAAUAAAUAUUAAAACCAAAUAUCCUCGAGUAACUUCGA